UGCUGGACUGCAACAUUCCCUUGUGUUGUGAGAUGAGAGCUGUGGCGUGCACUCUGCUCGUCUUGGGCCUGCUGUGUGACAACGUGAGUGGUGAAGUCACUAUCAACAGUCUACGGGUGGCAGCAGAAGCAUGGGAUGGGGAGCUGCCAUGCAGAAUAUGGGACUGUGAGUGUGUGUUCAAGCACCAGCGAGGCUGCUGCUGUGCCAGCCAUGAGCUCCAAGAAGUGAAGGAUCAAAUGUUGGUGAGAGUGAUGGACCUGUCGAGGAGCGUGGCCCAGCUGGGUGGCAGCCUUCUUGAAUUCUUAGGAGGGAUGAGGGUUGCAUUCACAGCCUCCAUGAGCUUCACAACAAGCUGCUUUGGACCUUUCACCAGAAACAGCUCCAUCCCUUUUGAUGUCGUCACCCUUAACCAUGGAAGGGGAUAUAACCCCACACUAGGUAUAUUCACAGCUCCACGUUCUGGACUGUACUCGUUCUCCUUCUCGGUCUAUUCCAAGGUUGGUGGGGAAGGCACGAGGAUAUACUACAAGAUGCAACUCAUGAAAAACGGGGAGGUGGUGGCAUCUACUUGGGAAGACAACAGAGACGACUCAGAAGACAGCAGCACCCAGACAGUACUGCUGCCACUGCAGCAGGGAGGUCAGGUCUACGUAGAGCUGCUGAGCGGCAGGCAGCUAUGUGGGAAUGUCAAGGGCCUGAACACCUUCGCUGGCUCCUUGAUUCACCCCACUCUGGCCUAACACUGAUUUAUUUCACUGUGGACUAACAUGUCUGCCUCAUUUGGUGUCUCAAAAGUAAUAUUGUAAUUAUUACAGGGUAAUGCCUUAUAUG